ACUCUUCCCUAAGGUCACACUAAAAUUGUUUAUAAAUUCUAUCUUCAAGACGGGGCAAAACAAGUCCUAUGAAUAGUUGCGGUGUUAACUCCAAAUUAAAACUAGGUAGCCAACAUGUUUCUGUCCAUCGCACCGCCUCUAAUGGACUUCGAGGACGAGCUGCUGUGGAUAAAUCAGUCCAACAGCGAUAAGGUGGAGAUCCUGUACGACCAGUCGAACUACGUUACCCCCAACACAAAGCACCUCAUCGAGCAGGCAUUCCUGCAGCCCCUGAGUCUGCAGGACCAGCACAUUUUGUUCGACGAUCUGCUGAAGCAGAACACGGACAUCGCACGCCAAUACGGCUUGACUCCGGCCAAACUACCUCUGCUAGUUGAAAACAAUCCCCUCAUUUCCAUUGAGAUUUUACUAAGACUGAUGAUGACCACCGACAUAACAGAGUAUUUCAACAUACUGGUUAAUAUGGACAUCACACUCCACUCCAUGGAAGUGGUCAACAGACUCACCACUUCGGGCCCUUUGCCCACGGAGUUUAUUCACCUGUACAUCAGCAACUGCAUCUCGACCUGCGAAACGGUCAAGGAUAAGUAUAUGCAAUCCCGCCUAGUGCGUCUGGUUUGCGUAUUUCUACAGUCCUUGAUCCGAAACAAGAUUGUGAAUGUUAAGGAACUAUUCAUAGAGAUCGAGGCAUUUUGCGUGGGUUUCAGCAAGAUCAAGGAAGCUGCUGCAUUGUACCGCCUCAUCAAGCACUUGGAGACCGGGGAGAGCGCUCUGUCCUCCAAUUCGCUUACAAAGUAGCGACCGUCUUGUUUACAACUUACUUAAUAAAUACAAUACUUUGUACAUGUAAAACAAAUUCGCAUUUAAUAACUUAAGUAACUAGUGUAGA